AUGUCAGAUCAAUUUUUGCUACUUUCUGGUCGACUAUUGCAACAAUUUGUAAUAGAUAUGUAUGUUAAGAUCGAGACAUCAAGAUUAGAUUAUUUUAGGAAGAAGCAACAACAUAUUCGAUCAGAGUUAUAUCAAGGUAUUGUUGAUACAAUUACGCUUGGGGAAACAAACGUUUCUAAUGUUGGAAAACGGAUUAUACUGCCUUCAUCAUUUAUUGGAGGUCCAAGAGACAUGAGAAAAAGAUAUAUGGAAGCAAUGGCUUUAGUUCAGCGUUAUGGCAAACCAGAUAUUUUCUUAACAAUGACGUGCAAUCCAAAUUGGAAAGAAAUUACAAAUGAACUACAUAUGCAUGAGGAGAGUCAGAAUCGACCUGAUUUGAAGGAUUGGCAGGUCUAUGUGCCUGAAUCUUUUGACGAGAUCGUUUCAGCAGAGAUACCUGAUAAAAAUACAAACUUGCACUUGCAUAACGCUGUUGUAAAGCAUAUGAUGCAUGGGCCAUGUGGAGUGUUGAACCCAUCAAAUGUUUGCAUGAAAAAAAAAGGUUGUUGCAAAAGUAAUUAUCCAAAAGAUUACGCAUCUGCUACAACCGUUGGAAAUGAUUGCUUCCCAAUAUAUAGGUGUUCAAACAAUGGAGUAACUGUCAAAGUCAGAGGUCAAAAUUUAGAUAAUCGUUGGGUUGUUCCAUAUAAUCUAUAUCUGCUUGCAACAUUUGAUUGUCACAUUAAUGUUGAGAUUUGUUCUACGAUAAAAGCAGUCAAAUAUCUUUAUAAAUACAUUUAUAAAGGACAUGAUCGUGUUGCUUUCAACUUGAUUUCUGAACAAAACAAUCAACAAGUUGAUGAAAUCCAACAAUUCCAAUCGGCCCGAUGGAUUACUCCCCCCGAAGCUAUGUAA